CUUCGGAGUAAACAUAAAAGUGGAACUGACAAUUCUUUUUCAGUACCUUGAAUUCUUCCGUCGAAAUUUCGGUCAACCAGCCCACUGCUUCGGACAAGUCCUUGUAGAUGAGGUCAUCCAGACGUUUGAGCGAAUUCAACGGGUGCUCUUCGAGGAUUUCUCCGGAUCUGUCGUUGAAACAAUCCGAUCCAUGGUUUCCAAACGAUUUGCUGUCAAAGAUAUUCCAGCCGGAUGGUGCUAUUUUCCUGUAUCUGAAGGUGGUCUGGAAAUCGUCAAUCCAAUCAUGCACCUGCUCACCAUCCGCGAUUCGCUCGCUUCGUACCCUGAUAAGCAAUUCCUUGACUGUAUGGAUGAGGAUAAAUCAAAAUACGGGCAAGCCAAGGCGGACUGGGUAAAUGGAGCCGGGACACGGAAUGAGCACAACCCAGAAUCAAAUUUCAUGCCAUUUGAGGAAUAUGUUCUAGGCAGGGAGGACCGAUUGGCGUACUGGGGAGAUAAAUGGAAGUACAUGCAGGAGAUGGCUUUGCCCGUAUCGCCAACUUCUCCCGAGGGAUACAGUAGCUACGGAAAGCCCGUGAUAGAGGAGUGGAUUAUGGCCCUUUAUGCACAUGAGAUCAAGACAUUCUUCGGUGGACUAAAGAUUGUUGAACCAACUCUUAUCCCUGUCGGUAUGCUGUCGGUGUUUAGGACCGCAAAAGUUGCUUGGGACUCGUGAAUCUGCGAAUAUGUACAUAAGGCGUUAAGAUAGUGCUGCGUUUACAAGGAUGUGGAAUGCGCAACUGUAUUUCGGGCGAUAUCUACAAAGUCGUCAAUAAGUACGUGGUGUAUCUGUUGACAAACUUUGAAGGAAGUCAGAGGUUGGAACCAAGAUCGAAGUCUGAUCGAAGUGGUCAUGGAGAAUAAAGUUCAACGAAUGACCGGACCGACUGCGAUCUCACAAGCUGCCGCCACGAAACAACUUGAACUCUUUUCCUCCUCUGUCAAAUUAACGCUUGGAAGAUUGAGCUUUUGCUCAAA